CCAUGAGAGGACUAGAGUUUGUAGAAGGGGCAGAAUCAUUUAGCUUAUUACAGGAAGGUGAAGCUUUCUAUGUGUUGGAAGCCAAUUAAAAGAUGCUCUAGCUUUUGGAGGGGCGCCAUUGUUAAUGCCCUACCAACCUUGUAGAAUAGGACAAAAUCUUAGGCUGGAAAAAAAUAUUUUUUUGGAAAAAUAGCUAGAUUUGCAAUGCGCCGCUUCAAUAUAUCUUCCCCCAAUUGUUCAAGCUCAGCAGCAAAAAAAAGUGGAACAGUUGCAGACACCCUCAACACAAGCUUCAGAACUAGCCCAUCCCUGAUGAAUUGCUAGCCCAACUUCAUCACCUCUCAUCCUUAGCGACUUUGGUGGAUCUAAACUCAAAUGGAGAUCAGGUGGUUUGAAAAUUGAGUAGCUAGCAAAUUAAGGUACCUUCUCUACUGCUUUUGUUUACCAGUUUCUAAAAUCUCGGGGAAUCACUUGCAGCUCUACCUCUCUCUUCUUUUUGGAGAUUAUAUGUGCCUCUCGAAAUCAAGUGUUAUUUUUUGGCUUUGCUGGAAGAAAAGAUUUAAGUCCUUUUAGGAAGAAAAUUAGGAACAGGUCUCUAAGGAUGUGUAGUUCUAUAUCAACAAGUGUCUAACUGUGAUUUUUUUAGCCAUUAGCUGGAAGGUUGUUUUCUCCUUGGUGUGUGCAUAGAUUGGAGAUGGAAAAUUUUUUGAAAAACUGUUUGUCCCAUGAUUCUUAGGUUAUUUUCAGCUAUGGCGUGGGGUUGCUGGAAAGUGAGAAACGUAAGGAUUUUUUACAACAACUGCACUUUUUUUUUUCUACGUGCCUUGCAGUGCGUACUUCCCAUAAAGAAAAACUAAGAUAAAAGAAAUCCAGAAACUCCGGUUUCUAGAUCUUCCUCAUUAUUUAGUCCAGUGGCGAGAGUUACCACGAACGACAAACGAAGCAAAGUCCCCGGUGCUCCACAAUGAGGUUCUCCGUGACCAAGCUGGCCCAGGCCAUGGUUCCCCCCUACGAGGCAACACCGACCGGGAACCUCCCCCUUUCUUCCAUGGAUCGAAAUCCCCGGGGGCUCAGGUACCUGUAUGACUCGAUCCAUGUGUUCGGGCACGGAGAUGAGCCGGCCAAGGUAAUAAGGGAAGCGUUGUCCAGGGCCCUUGUCCCCUACUACCCCGUCGCAGGCCGGAUCGUGGACUCCCACCAAGGGGAGCCGGAGGUUGCCUGCACCGGAGACGGUGUAUGGUUUGUCGAGGCAUCCGUCAACUGCAACCUCGGAGAUGUCAACCACCUCGAACGCCCUCUAAUGAUCCCCAAACAAGCCCUCCUCCCAUGCCCUUCCCCUGAAACAAAAGAGAAGGAUGCCAUUUUGCUGGUGCAGGUUACCGGAUUCACUUGUGGUGGAUUUGCACUCGGCAUCAGAUUCAAUCACGCAUUCUUUGAUGGUAUCGGGGUUGGUCAAUUCCUGAAGGCCGUGGCCGAGAUAGCCAAAGGUCUUUCCCGGCCCGCUGUCGAGCCGAUCUGGUGCAGAGAAGCUAUCCCUAACCCGCCCAAGCUGUGCAAGGAUCCUGAACUACUGAUCACGGCGCCUUUGGAGCUUCUCGUAAUGGAUCUCUCGCUCGACCGCGUCCAUCAAAUGCAGAGCCAACUCACGAAAGAGACAGCUCGGACAUGCACCAAGUUCGAGGUCCUGACGGCCAAGGUCUGGCAGUCUCUCAUUCGAGCAAUUAACUUGGAUCCCCAUGUCGAAGUCUGCUUGGUUUUUACAGCAAAUGUUCGACACCUGAUGCACCAAAUCUUACCCCCUGAGGGAGGAUAUUAUGGCAACUGUAUGUACCGUGCGACGGCAACAGCAACCAGGGGGAAGAUCAUGAAUUCAUCCCUUGGCGAGAUUGUGAGUUUAAUCCAAGAGGCUAAAGAAGAGCUGCCGACGAGGUUCUCAAAAUGGCUGAUGGGAGACCCCGAGGCAGACCCAUUUAGAGUGCCAUUAAGAUACGGGUCCCUGUGGGUGACCGAUUGGACUAGAGUGGGCUUCUUUGAGCUCGACUUUGCAUGGGGACGACCCCUUCAUGUUGUCCCACUGAGUGACAGCGAGUUUGUGCCUUUAUGCUUCAUGCUCAAGCCACCUGCAGACAAGCAAAGUGCGCGUUUGAUGACCCGUUGUGCUGCGAAGGAGCACUUGUCACGCUUUCAUGAUGAAAUUAAUUUGAUUUAGGCAUCUAGCGGUACUGAAACUAUUUGAGAAUUGGAAUGUUGUGCCUCCAGUCCGAGUUGGUAGAAAAUGAAAGAAAAUUGCUUGAUAAAUUUUAUUGCCAUUCGCUUGGUCGUUGCUCCUCCUUGUUCAUGUACUGAUCUGUUCGUAACCAAAUAAUAACUACCGUUCUUCUGUAUUGGUAUAUCUUUUUUCCUUCUC